AUGGACGACAAUUGGUUCAUGUUUUACUCAGGCUUGGUCCAGGCACCCCUUCUAGAUGAAGCGUCGCCCAACGACAUAGAAGCCAAAGAGGAGGAGUCUGAGCAAACAUCUUCUACAUUACCAACCCCUCAAGACCAGCCCAACAAAGCAGGGCAAAGAGAAGGGACCGAUGAGAGAAUAUCCUUGUCUCCAACUCCUCAAGUCAAGCCGAACGAGGCAGAAGCUCAAGAGAAAGAGUCGGAUGACACUGCCUCUUCACCUGCUACGAUGCAUCGUGAAAAUUGUCUGACGACAAAGAAAGCAGCGAAAAUCAAAGUACGCUCGCCCGACAAGACCUGCCGGGAGGAUGCGGGGCUGCCCUUGUUCUCUCCGUCCAAGCUUGCCGCGAUUCACCUUGUCGACAUGAAUGGCUCUAUAGUAUGCUGA